GGUUUCCACCUCAGUGGCAUCGUUACCGCCUCCCGUUCCUCCCAAACUUCUACGUUGCCAUGUGGUGCCCCCGAACCGCCCCAAAAGUUCAAAGUUUCCGUCAGUUUUGACAGAUGUAAAAUAACAUCGGUGACAUGCAGUUGCGAAACGAAAGACAUUUUUUGGUGUCAGCACGUCGUAGCAUUGUCUUUAUAUCGUAUCCGAAACGCGGAAAGCGUCAGGUUACGUGUUCCUAUUUCAGAAACCCUCCUGCAGAUGGACAGGCAACAACUGCAGAAAUUUGUGCAAUAUCUUAUCUCGGAACACCAUACAGAGGUGCUGCCCACGGCACAGAAGCUGGCCGACGAGAUCCUGCAGCAGCGGUCGGAGAUCAACCAGAUCCCGGGGGCGCCCGACCCCACAGCGGGGGCCUCCGCCGACGACGACCACACAUGGCACCUGGACGAGGAGCAGGUGUGCGAGCAGGUCAAGAGCUAUCUGUCGCAGGGCGCCUACUACAACGCCAACAAGCAGCUCAACUCGCUCUUCUCCAAGGUGCGCGAGAUGCUGCGCGCGCAAGACUCGAACGGCGCGCGCAUGCUCACCCUCAUCACCGAGCAGUUCCUGCAGGACCCGCGGCUGCAGAUGUGGCGCAACCAGGGCACGCCCAUGACGGACAAGUGCCGCCAGCUGUGGGACCAAUUGGGCAGUCUGUGGGUGUGCGUCGUGCUCAAUCCGAAUUGCGCCGUGCACGACAAGCUGCAAUGGCGGCUGCUGUUGGACAAGUGGACGGCGGUGGACGUGUGUCCGCCCGAGGAUCCGGAUUACCGGUUGCAGCAGGGCAAUAGGGAUUCGUAUUCGAACAGAGAUCGAGACAGAGACAGGUACGACGAGCGGUACCGCGACAGAGACAGAUACGCGGACAGAGAACGCGACCGUCGGGAUCGGCGGGAUCGCGACAGAGAGAGAGAAAGAGACAGGAACAGGGCGGCGUACGAUUCGUCGGACAGCUCGGACGAUGACGUCGAAGAGGAGCGCGACGCGUACACGCACAGAAACAGCAAGCGGUUGCGUCUGUCGGGGAGUACUUCUAAGUCACAAACGCCUGCGUUGCCCAGGAGCAUAUUCCACAGGGCUUUAGAUGCAGUCAGCAUGUCGUGGGAUAACAUGCACCUGAAGAAUAUCCUCUCUAGUGAUACCUAUUGUUCUCAUGUUCCUGACACUUCCAGUUCCGGUAGCUUUAAUUCGCAAGGACAGCCUUUAUGGCACGAGCCUAUUCCGUUGUGCGCCGCUCGCGUGGACUCGUUGCGAUCGCACGGUCACGUGGAGGCGGCCCUACGACUCGCAGUCUCCGUGGUGCGCACGAUGAAGCAGCAGCAGUUGCGCGCGCAACGCGACUGGCACGAGAGCCAGCAGAACACGAGCAGCAGCAGCAGCAAGCAGUCCUCCUGCAAGAUAACGGCGUGCACGUCCCGCUGCCUGGGCCAGUGCAACGCCGCCUCCACCUCCUCCUCCUCCUCCGCUGCCACCUCCCUCUCGGCGCCCGCCAACGCGGACGGGUGGGUGGGUCACCCGCUCGACCCCAUUGGGUGUCUCUUCGACACGCUGUCCGACGCCUCCGUCGUUCCUGAUGUCGACAGGCCGAGGACGCCGACGUAUUUGGAUUUGGUGGGAAUGGAAGACCAGCACAACAACAUCAGGCCUCGAUACCAUCACGUGCCGGUAGUGGGGUCUCGCGACAGGUCCGAAACAUAUCUCACCCUCGCAUUUGAAGUGGCCCUCAUUGGUUUAGGGCAGCAGAGGAUCAUGCCAGUCGGACUGUAUGCACAGGAGAAGGCGUGCAAGCAGGAGGACCGGCUGAUAGCGAAGCUGCAAGAGAUCGAGCUGGACAACGGGCUGGUGGCGGUGUUGCGCAGACAGGCCAUCAUCCUGUUGGAGGGCGGCCCCACCAGCGGUCUGGGCAUCGGCAUCCACCCCGAGAGCAUCCCCAUGCACACGUUCGCCCGCUUCCUCUUCCUCUCGCUGCUCAACUACUACCCCGACUUGGCCUACGAGGUGGGGUUGAGGGCGAUGCGCUUGCCCUUGCUGGAGGAGCACGAGGACUCCGACGACCCUUUAGGGGGCAACGCGAGCAGCUCUCUCAUGAUGAGCCGGUCGCCUAGAUGGUUCACCCUCGGCCACAUCGAGACGCAGCAGUGCGCCUUGAGCUCCACCAUGUUGAGUGCCGCCAAAGGUGAAGUGAUGAGGUUGCGGACGGUGCUGGAAUCAUCUCAGAGACAUAUCCACAGCUCUUCCCAUUUAUUUAAGUUAGCUCAAGAUGCCUUUCGCUUCGCCACGCCAGAAAACGGACCUAGACACCCGACGCUCCUCAGUGUGGCCUUCGAAUUGGGAUUGCAGGUGAUGCGGAUGACGUUGUCCUCGUUGAACAACUGGCGUCGCCGCGAGAUGGUGCGCUGGCUGGUGACGUGCGCCACCGAGGUGGGCGUCGACGCCCUCUUGUCCAUCAUGCAGAACUGGUACCAGUUCUUCACGGCGACGGAGGCCACUGGCCCGGUGGCCACCACCAUCAUGUCGCACACGACGAUAGUGCGGCUGAACUUGAACUUCGGCCAGCAGGAGGAGCUGUCGGGGUGUGCGCGGACGCUGGCCUUGCAGUGCGCCACUAAGGACCCUCCGAAUUGUGCCUUGAACGCGUUGACGUUGUGCGAGAACGAGGCUCUCGCCUUCGAGACGGCGUACCAGAUCGUGGUCGAUGCCGCCGCCCACAUCAUGACCUCCUCGCAGCUGUUCACCAUCGCCCGGUAUAUGGAGCACCGCGGCUACCCCACCAGAGCGUACAAGCUGGCCAUGCUCGCCAUGAAGAACAUCCAUCUCGACUACAAUCAGGACACCCACCCGGCCAUCAACGACAUCCACUGGGCGUGCGCCCUCAGCCACUCGCUGGGCAAGUCGGAGCUGUCGAACGUGAUCCCGUUGCUGGUGAAGAACGUCCAGUGUGCCACCGUCCUCUCCGACAUCCUGCGCCGCUGCAGCAUGACCGCGCCGGGCAUCUCGUGCCCCCACCCCGCCGCCCCGCUGGACACCGGCAAGCACGGGCACGCGCAUCGCAGCAGGAGCUGUACGGCGGGCGGCAUCAAACCGCUGUCCUACGAUCGGCCCCCUUUGCGUCAGCUGCUGGAGGCGGCCGUAGCUGCCUACAUCAACACGACGCACUCCCGCCUCACACACAUCUCGCCCCGGCACUACGGCGACUUCAUCGACUUCCUGACGAAGGCGCGCGACACGUUCGUGCUCGCCCAAGACGGGCAUGCGCAGUUCGCGCAGCUCAUCGAGAACAUGAAGAUCGCCUACAAGGGCAAGAAGAAGCUGAUGUUCCUGGUGAAGGAGCGGUUCGGCUGA